UGUGACGUAGUGCAUAAGUCUGUGUAACCGUGUAACUUCCAGGUUCCAGCCCCGCGGACUGAGUAAAAAUCGCUCUUUCCUCACGUUUCUCCGCCAAACUAAGCUACUUUGGGUGUCAUCGCGGGUCGGACCAGAGGUGCGGAGCCAGAGUCCCAUUUUGUCCUGGAUUGAGGCCACUAUAAAACUUUCCAAAUGAGCGACGGGGAGUGCGACUUCUUCUGCUUCUUCCGCUGCUGCUGAGGAAGAGUCUUCGGACAGGAAGGGAAACAUUUCAGCCAAUUGGAGAGGGGCGUGCGGGCGGGUAGGCGAACCGUCUACCUGUCUGGGCCAAUUGGAGCGUGGAUGUCUGUGGACAUGAACAGCCAGGCGUCAGACAGCAAUGAGGAAGACUUCGGGGUGAACUCGGAGGAAGAGGAGGAAGAUGGCGGCGAGGAGGAGGAGGCGGGGGACAUGGAGGGCUAUUAUGAUGAUGUAGCGAGUGAUGUGGAACAGCAGGGGGCAGACUCAUUUGACCCGGAGGAGUACCUAUUCACCUGUCUCACCUAUAAGGAGAGCCAGAGGGUACUGACGGAGGAGGUCAACACUGUGGCGGCCGCGCUCAAGGUUUUACCGUCUGAAGCAAAGCUAAUCCUGGUGCAUUUCCACUGGCAGGUUUCACAGAUAAUAGACAGAUACAAGUCGAACUCAUCAUUGGUGCUUUCAGACGCUUUGGUUCAGCCCAGCAGCAGCAGCAGAUCAGUAUCUAGCCUCCCUCCGCUGCAGUGUGGCGUGUGCCUACAGGUAGUUCGCAGAGACGCACUCCUGGCUCUGCCCUGUCAGCACUCCUUCUGCAAAGCAUGCUGGGAGCAGCACUGCACCGUCCUGGUCAAAGAUGGCAUGGGAGUCGGUAUCUCAUGUAUGGCUCAAGACUGCUCUCUGCGCAUGCCUGAGGACUUUGUUUUGCCGCUGCUGCCCGGAGACGAGCUGAAAGAAAAAUAUAGACGCUACCUCUUCAGAGACUACGUAGAGAGUCACUUCCAGUUGCAGUUGUGUCCUGGAGCUGAUUGUCCCAUAGUGAUCAAAGUCCAGGAACCCAGAGCACGCAGAGUGCAGUGCAGCCGCUGUUCUGAAGUAUUCUGCUUUAAAUGCCGUCAGAUGUACCACGCGCCCACAGACUGUGCAACCAUUAGGAAAUGGCUGACCAAAUGCGCAGACGACUCCGAGACUGCCAACUACAUCAGCGCUCACACUAAAGAUUGUCCUAAGUGCAAUAUCUGCAUUGAGAAAAACGGCGGGUGCAAUCACAUGCAAUGCUCCAAGUGCAAACAUGACUUCUGCUGGAUGUGUCUGGGCGACUGGAAGACUCAUGGCAGUGAAUAUUAUGAAUGCAGCCGUUACAAAGAGAACCCCGACAUAGUGAACCAGAGCCAACAGGCCCAGGCCCGAGAGGCCCUCAAGAAAUACCUCUUCUACUUUGAGAGGUGGGAGAAUCACAACAAGUCUCUGCAGCUGGAGGCUCAGACGUAUCAGAGGAUUCAGGAGAAAAUCCAGGAAAGAGUCAUGAACAACCUGGGCACAUGGAUUGACUGGCAGUACCUGCAUAAUGCUGCCAAGCUGCUCGCCAAGUGUCGCUACACAUUACAGUACACCUAUCCAUAUGCUUAUUACAUGGAGUCUGGUCCCCGCAAAAAACUGUUUGAGUACCAGCAGGCUCAGUUGGAGGCAGAGAUCGAGAAUUUGUCAUGGAAGGUGGAGAGGGCCGACUCGUACGAGAGAGGAGUGGUGGGAGGAGAGGAGCUCAGUGCCAGUGACAGAGGGGACUUGGAGAACCAGAUGCACAUCGCAGAGCAGAGGAGACGCACACUGCUCAAAGAUUUUCACGACACAUAGACUCCUCCUUCAUACCACCCCUUUCUAUCUCUCCUCCUUCCUACUACCUACAGUGCUCUCCCUCCAUCCCUUUUUCACUUCACCAUUUCUUCUUUCAUUAUUCUUUUUUUUUUUUUCCUCUCACUCUCAAACAGCUGCAGGGUUCACUAUGGCACGAUUGUAUCUUUUUAUCCAUCUUUUUAUUUUGACAUGUACAGUUACACUUAUGGCUUCACUAAACAUAACAUGCCAUUUUGCUUAUCCAAUAACCUAUACUCUAAAGUUGAAAAAAUAAUCUGCAAGCUUCCGGAAAAUCUUCAUAAGACAAAUGUAAACGGCCAGGUUUUAUAUCAGGGGUCCUCUAUUUAAAUGCUUUUAGGCUAAAUAAAUAUGCACCAAAUGAACUGUUAUAAUGGUGUUUUUACGAGGUUUGCAUUGCACUUUAUGUACCUGCAGUGCUACCAUUAUCAAUGACAAAGAGCAGUUGCCAAGUACAAAACAUGUGGAUUUUUGUCAUUUUGUUUCUUCCUAGAGGUAGGUAAUAUGGUGAUGCAAGAAAAUAAGUUAUAUUAAUUUUUUAACCAUUUCAAGUUUAGCAUGAUGUACACUUAGUAUUUUUCUAUUGCCUUUAGAGGUGAAGUCACUUGCUUCUUCUGAAACUUCCAAUCUCACUGGGAUUGCUUGUUCUCACUGGGUGGGGAAAAGGGUGUAUGUUUGAGCAGAGAAGAUGGAAAAUUUGUUCACAUUAUGUAUACUUUUGGGAUUUGUAACACAAAAUCUCACUGCAUCUUGUACUCAUUUUGUUUUGGGGUUUUUUGGUUUGUUUUUUUUUUUGUUUUUUUUUUUCAAAAUUAGAGGCUGAUGAUUUGGGCAAUGAUUUCUAAUUUAAAUGUUUUGGACAAGGUCUUAACUUUGAAUAGAGGACCCUUACUGUAUUAACUGUAACAACAUUUCAUAAUAUUGCAGCUUCUUUCUGGCAGUGAGUUGCUUCUGAACUGGUCUGCAAAUAUCUUGACUUUACUUUCCUCCAUAUUCUUUCCGAUGUUUAUUUUUAAAUAUUAAACAUCUACUUAGCCUCUACAGCUUCUACAACAAUGACAGAUGACCUCGAAUGUUGUUACUGCUGUAGCUAAACUCGCUUAAAAAACAUAAUUUAAGAGUUAAUUGUGAAAUGGUGUUCCCCAUAUAAACACUAGAUAUGGGAAUGACAGUAUUUUCCUACUUAAUUUGCAUGCCCAUGUAUAAUACUUAAAUGUAUGUGUAUAAAGAACCUUUUUUAAAUAUAUUUUGCCACUAUUUCACAAUUAACACGUUUCUCAUUUGCUCUUUAGACCAUUUGACGAGCUCCACUGCUAAGAAUGAAGUUGUAAUUUUGAAAUUAGUCUAGAAUAUAUAUGGCAUUUUGGAUGAAUUUCUGGAAAAGUUGAUUAAUAAAGCUAUGAUAAUUUUUUUUCUUAUUACAGAAACAAAAUUGAGAUUUAUUUUGACGCUAGCUUCAGUGUCCCAGUACCCCCAAAUAGUCUGUGUUCAUGUGACAUCAAAACGAUAGUUAAAAAUUGAGCUGGAGGACAGGUCUGAAUUCUAUGGUGGAAUUUGCUGUUUAACUGUCAGAUUGCAGGUUUGUAAUCACUGGGUUAUGCACAUGAAACAAAAACUGGCACAAAGUUCAACAUCUUCUGUCAGUAUAAUAAACUAAAGUGAAAUUUUUUUUAUCACAAUAGUUUCUAAAAGUGGUGCUGCCACUCUCCAAAGACGUGAUUGUUGUCAGUUGAAAAGACUUUAAGCCACAAGAUUAAUAUGGUUACAUUUUUUUAGCCAAUCGCAAACAAAUGAUAAGGUUCAACCUUUGUGGAUCAUGAGUAAAUCUCUUGUAGAGUUAUACCUGCCCCUGCCCUCCAACUGAAAUUAUGGCAUCAAAUUGUGUUUCUUAUACCAGAAAUUCAAAAUCUUGCAAAUAAACUUAAAAAUAGCCUUGUUAAGUAUUCAAGCUCUGUUCAUAAGUUUGAUAUUCACCAUUUUACAUAAUCGACUUUCAUGUGAUGUUUCUGAAGCCUCAAGUGUAACUCAAGCCUUUGUCACACACUACAGAGCCCCCUACUGACAUGGCAUGCACAAACACUCCGCAGCAGCCUACAUCUCUCUUCACUCACUUCUAAUUUACAUUACACACAAUGUCCCGCCUCUCUUUGUUUUGUUCUUCUUGCUCACCCAUCUUUCACUUCUGGAAAAUGGCUGUUGAUAGAUAGAUCGUUUAAAAAAAAAUUUAAAAGUAAAAAAUACGAAAAAAUGGCUGUAAUUUUCAACGGUUGUACAUUAAUACAGAAAUAGAGUUACUGAGAGAGUUUUUAAAACCGG